AUGAAUUAAUUAGCUAAGAUAUAGUAUAUUCUUGUUGUUGCUUAAAUGGUCCCAAAAAUAGUUAGGACUGUUUCAAAUAAAUUCAGAUAAUAUGAUGAUUAAAUAAAAGUGUAAUAAUCUUAUGGAGAUGAAAAUAUAGAGUUAUCUACAAUCUUCUAAGGUGAUAUGACAUUAGAAUAACAUAAAUAAACUAUUUUUAAACAUUUGUAUUCUUAAAUAUAAUUUUUAGAGAUAAAAUAAAAAAUGAAGUAAUUGAGUUUCUAAAAAAUUAUAAUUUUCAGAAAAUAUAUUGCACAGAAAAGAUAAAAUAAAAAUACUAUGAUGAAAAAAUGAAUUUUUGUCUGAUUAAUUUAAAGGAGAUUGCAUAAAAUAAAUUUUCAAUAUUCACAUAUGAAAUAGGAACAAAAAAUGAAAUAAUUUGGCUUAAUAAAGCACUUACAAAAAUGAAUUAAAUAUUAAUUCUAUAUUUUCAAGUCAAGUUCAAAUAGCUUAACUAUUAAGAAGAUUUUCUAUUAUAUUUUGCUGAAAUUCUUAAGUUUAUUUAAAAACGUAUUAUAAAAAGAGUAUUAAAAUGUCUCCCCUAAGCCUAUUAUAAUAUAUAAAAUCUUCUUUAAUAUGUUUGUGAAAAUAGUAUUUCAAAAGAUUUUUAAUUGGAGAAUUUAGAAAAAUAAUUCCAAACCAAUUAUAAUUUGUAAUUUUACUAGAAGAGUAUCACAGAAACCUAUAAUCGAAUUAUUGAAAUUUUUAAUAAAGAUGCAUUAGAAGAGACAUUAAUUAAAUUUUUAAAUUAAGAAGAUUAGUAAACUCGUGAUAAAUUUAGAGUUUCUGAGGUAAUUGUCAAUUAAUUUCAUAAAAUCAUAAGAAAAAGAAUGAGAUAUAAAAUAUUAAAUAGUCUUCAAAAUUAUAAACAAAGAGAUGAUAGUAUUUUAAAAGACAAAAUAACACAAUUAUUCUUAAAAUAAUUAAAUUAAGUUUAAUUUUUUGGAGGUAUAGAAGAUAAGUAAAUCAAUUAAAAUAUUUAACUAAUAAUAUUUUCAAUAUUUUGGAUAAAAUUAGGAUUUAAUAAAUUUAAGAUAAAUUUUUUGAUAAAAGAAUUAGGAAAAUAUCAUGAAUAUGAAGAUAAUGAUUUUUAAUAAAUAGAUAUAUAAGAUUUAGAAUUACAUUAAAAAAUUGAUUUUUAUGAUUAAAUGAAAAAUUUGGAAAUAUAGUUUAAUAAAGCUAUUGAAUGGUAUAAUUAAAAUGUUGAUGAGGAUACUAAUUUAUUAGUUAUUUGUUAGAUAUAUAUGAUAUUAGCAAAUAUUAAAUUUAAAAAUUAGAAAUUAUAUUUUGGAGAUUAUGAUUCAGAUGCUAGAAAUAUAUUAUUUAUUAUUAUUUAGAAUUUUAAUGAUUUGAAAUUUGGUUAUUUUAAUCAUGAGAUUGUAAAAAUAUGUGAAAAUUUGACUCAUAAUUUAUAGAUGAAAUUAUAUGAAGAUAUAAAUUUGAAGAUUUAAAAGGAAGCAUCUUAAGGAUAUACUUAAAGUGAAUUAUAUAAAUAAAGAAGUCAAAUAAUCUUUAAUAAUGAACCUUAUCAUUUCUUGUUAUAGGAUACAUCUGUUAGUAUUUUAUAAAGUCCCUCUGUCAUAGGAAAAGACUAUCAUUAAAAGCAUAAAUUAUUUGAUUUUAUUUUGAAAACAAAAGAACCUAUUGAUGAAUUUUACAAAAAUUAAUAGUUAAAAUUACUAAAAUAAAAAUAUUAAGAGAUAAAUGACAAUAUAAAUCAAAAAAAAUUAUGUAAAGAGUAUAAAUUUAUCAAUAUUUUGGAAGAACCAAAACUAUUUCAUUUUUAAACACUUUCUAAAGACGAUAAAAAUUCAAAUGUAAUUACUUUAUUGAUUUCUGGAUUUCUUAGUAAGAAUGAAGAUAAAUUAAGUAAGUGGAAGCCUUUAUUAAAUAAUAGAUAUUCUGGUACAUUAAUUGCAUUACAUUGGGAAUCAUUAGAAAUUUUGAAUAUAAUAAAAUAAAUAUCAGAAUGGUUUACAAAUAAGUAGAAUGAGAUUUAUGAUCAGAUUGAAAAUAAUCAGUUUAUAGAAACAACUAAAGAAGCAACAAUAGUAGGUAAAUGUUUAGCUCAUUAUUUGGAUGAAGGUCAUUUAUUUGGAAAUAGAUAAAUUAAUAUUCUAUGUCAUUCUUUAGGUACUGAAAUAUUACUAUAAUGUAUACAUGAAUUAGAUAGAUUUUCUCAAAAGAAACUUAUCAAUGAUAUAAUUUUAUUUGGUGGAGUUGCUGAUAUAUAUGAAUUAUCAAAAAGAAAAUGGAAUUCAGUUUCAGGUUCAGUACAUAAUAUGUAUACAAACAAUGAUGAUGUUCUUAAAUAUCUUUUUAAAUUAAACUGUAAUUUUAAACAUCCUUGUGGUAAAGAUUAUAUAUUAAUUAAUUUUAGGUUUGAAUCCUGUAAAUUUUUUAUAUAAAAAGAUUUAUAAUUAUGAUGUAUCAGAUAUAGUAGGUGGACAUUCAGGUUAUUGGGAGAAAUUAGAUAUAAUCACGAAUAUUAGUGAUUUCAAUAGUGAUUACAAAAUUUUGGUAAAAGAUGUAAAAGAAAUAUACUGA